UUUUCGCACGCGGUAAAAAAAAAAAGAGGUUAGGGAAACAUGGCGGACGAGGGGGACUCGCCAGCGGACCCUGUCGCUGGUUCCCCACCAGAGAGCCCUCGCACGGGGCAGCCUCACUCAGUCUCCUUCUCCGAAAGUGUCCAGCCAGCUGUUGGAAUGGUUAGCCAGCUUCUAACCCAGCCGUCGUCGCUGAAGUUCGAUAAAAACAUCAAGCAGGCCUUCUACAACACCGGGGCGAUGAUAUUCGUGGCUAUCUGCUGCGGGGCGGCGGUGCUGGUCUACUUCAUCCUGGAGGCCUUCCUCCGGCCGCUGCUCUGGGCGGUGCUGUGUGGCACCUUCCUCCACCCCUUUAAGCACUCCUUAGCCCGGCUUGGGCGCUCCUGGCUAGGCGGUCUGCAGGACACAGGGACGCCCAUCGUGGUGGGCACUCUGCUUGUGCCGGUGUGGUGUGUCAACUAUGUGGUGGACGUCAUUGGUCGGCAGGUGCUGGAGAAGCUCACCGUGCUGCUGGUGAUCGGAACCGGGGCGCCUCUGCUCUACGUCCUCUACCUGUCCUGGAGCUCCAUCGGGAUGCAGGUGCUACUUGGCUACACCUGUGGGCUCAUUGCCAUCGUGCUGGACUGUUUCCACGCAGUGUGGGUUUGCACGGUGGUUGUUGGAUAUUUGUUGGCAGUGGGCUUUAAGUGGAGUCCUCACACUGAAGGCUACCUGAGAAGCGUUGCUCUGCCUGUGUGGGCCACCCUGCUCUUCUACAUUGUGUCUCUGACUGGCUCGUGGAAAGUACCCCUAUUUGUGGUAGUGGUUGUGCUUCUCAUUGUGGGCUCCCAGGAGAAACCAACUGUCCCUGGCAGAGGAGAGCUGUCGGGGCAGGUGCUGUCAUUUGCUGCUAACACUUUUUACAUGGCCAUCUCCUGUGGUAAACGUCAGCCCAAAUCGCAGCCCAGCAAAGUAUGUGCUGCAGAUGGUAAAGAUUCAGUGGACCACGUUCCCGCUACCCCUGGCUUCCUUCAGGGCUCUCGACCAGUACCAACUGGCUUCUUCCAGAAAGAGAAGCCCUCCCACAAAGCCAGCGACAUCUACUUCAUCCUGCUAGUCUGGGCCAUAGUCCUGGUCCAGGUAUGGCUCAACCUCUGGAUCCUACAGCUCCUUCCCAUCCCUGUGGCUGUGUGGCUGAUGAAGAAGCUGGUGGUUCAUUUUGGCCUGAAAAGCUUUGCAGAGCGGACUCUGACCUCAUGGUGGACGGUAUUGGAGAGGUUCGGUCGGGAACGAGAGGAGGCUCUUCUGCCAGGUCCUAUUAAAGGCUUGGCUCAGUUCUUACUGCGUAUUGACACUAAGCUGUGGCAUUGGCUUAACAAGCAGAUGGUGGUGUGGUUGGAGCGCUCCCUUGACAAAAUCAUCAGCAUCUUCAUCAUCAUCGUCCUGGUCACAGGGACCCUCCUGAUGGCGCUGCUGCUCACCGCCAUGGUUCAUCACGAGAGCGUUCACAUCAUCGAGGUGACCAGUAAUCUUAUCAACGAGACAGUCUCCAACCACCCAGAAUGGGCAAACUUGCUUCCAGAAGCUCGUGUGGUCCAGAAGGCCAUGAAUUCCGCUGUCACUAACGUCUAUGAGCACGGGAGAGAAUGGAUAACGCAAAAACUCCACAAGAUGUUGGGAGAAAAGGGAAACCACACAGCAGUCAUCGAGAAGCAAGUUUUAGAACUGUGGGACAGACUCUACCAGUCCUGGUUUGUCAAGAACGUGACCCACUCUGGACGCCCUCGUGGUCAUAAGAUGAAUCCCCAAAGACAAAACAGCUGGUUGGGAGACAUCCUGGACUGGAAGGACAUUGCCUCUUUUCUGCAGGAGAAUAUUGACACUCUUUGGUCUAUCGUGGAGUCUCUCUGGGUGGUAAUGAGCAGGAACGUAGGCCUCCUUAUCUCCACGGCAACCACACUCAUCACCGUGUUGUUCCACAGCGGCACUGCUCUGCUCAACUUUGUCCUCAGCCUGGUGAUCUUCUUGACCACCCUCUUCUACCUGCUGAGCUCCAGCGAAGAGUCCUACAAACCCGUCAAGUGGGUCAUCAGCCUGACCCCGCUAUCCCAGCCGGGACCUUCGUCCAACAUUGUUGGACAGUCUGUGGAGGAGGCCAUCAGAGGUGUGUUUGAUGCCUCCUUAAAGAUGGCGGGCUUCUACGGGCUGUACACUUGGCUCACCCACACCGUCUUUGGUAUCAACAUUGUCUUCAUUCCUUCAGCUCUGGCCGCCAUCCUGGGGGCGGUGCCUUUUUUGGGGACGUACUGGGCGGCCGUGCCCGCCGUGUGCGACCUGUGGUUGUCCCAGGGCGAAGGCGUGAAGGCCGUACUGCUGCUCGUCUGCCACCUGCUGCCCACUUACUUUGUUGACACCGCCAUCUACUCUGACAUCUCUGGUGGUGGUCACCCCUACCUGACAGGGUUGGCGGUGGCGGGCGGAGCCUACUACCUCGGUCUGGAAGGCGCCAUGAUCGGUCCCAUCCUCCUGUGCAUCCUAGUGGUGGCGGCCAACAUCUACAGCGCAAUGCUGAUGAGCCCCAACUCUGCGGCGCAGACACCGGUGCAGGGGGCCUGGCCUCAGCAAGGCGUCAGGCUCUUUCCUGAUUCCACCCCCUCUGUGCUGAAGAAGAGCAGCGACUGAGAACAAAAGGAGUAAAACAUCACCUGAUGCAAAAACAUCCUCGCUUUGCGGGGUCCAGCAAGAUGGCGCCUGAGGAACGCGCCGUCACACACGACUGUUUACCCACAAUGCUCGGCUGUAUGUCGCUCUGAGCAAGACGCUGCCUGUUGCUGUCAAUCAAGAAGAUGUAAGUUGACAACAUCAAGCCAAAUACUGAUAUUAAUACUUUUAUAACGCUACAAUCACACUGAUUGUGUGUGUGGUGUCCUCCACACACACAUGCGCACAACACCUACACGUUGAAAGCAAAACUUACCAUGGGAAUUUUAUUUUAUUUUUAUUUUUUUUCCAAAACACAUUUUUCAAUUGUUGUAAAUGAAUGCUGUUAAGACAUUUUUAACAACCUUUUUCAUUUGUAGAUUAACAAAAUAUCGACAUGAAUUUUUUCAAAAAUGUUGAUAAAUAUAUAAUGAUAUAGAUGAUUUGAUAGAAAGAGGUUGGUUGAGCAGCUGGCUAGAAACUUGAGGGUUCCAGGUUUGAUCCCCGCUUCCGCCAUCCCUGUCACUGCCGUUGUGUCCUCGUGCAAGACACUUUAUCCACCUGCUCCCAGUGCCACCCACACUGGUUUAAAUGUAGCUUAAAGAUUUACCAUAUUUUUCGGCGUAUAAGUUGCUCCGGAGUAUAAGUCGCACCGGCUGAAAAUGCAUAAUAAAGAAGGAAAAAAACAUAUAUAAGUCGCACUGGAGUAUAAGUCGCAUUUUUUGGGGAAAUUUAUUUGAUAAAAGCCAACACCAAGAAUAGACAUUUGAAAGGCAAUUUAAAAUAAAUAAAGAAUAGUGAACAACAGGCUGAAUAAGUGUACGUUUUAUGACGCAUAAAUAACCAACUGAGAACGUGCCUUGUAUGUUAACGUAACAUAUUAUGGUAAGAGUCAUUCAAAUAACUAUAACAUAUAGAACAUGCUAUACGUUUACCAAACAAUCUGUCACUCCUAAUCGCUAAAUCCCAUGAAAUCUUAUACGUCUAGUGUCUUACGUGAAUGAGAUAAAUAAUAUUAUUUGAUAUUUUUCGGUAAUGUGUUAAUAAUUUCACACAUAAGUCGCUCCUGAGUAUAAGUCACACUCCCGGCCAAACUAUGAAAAAAACUGCGACUUAUAGUCCGAAAAAUACGGUAGAUAAUGGGUUUCUCUAUGUAAAGCGCUUUGAGUCUGUAGAGAAAAACAUUAUAUAAAUAUAUAAUUUACUUCCCUUAAAAAAGGUGCCAUUAUUGUUACUACACUAUUAUUAAAUACAUACAGUAUUUUAUAUUAUUACUACAAAUAUUGGUUCAUGUAUUGAAUCAUAUGUUAAACUAUAACAUUUACUUUUUAAAGUACAAAUGUUUUGCUCAACCAAGAUGAUAAUAUAUAAUGUACAUGUUGAUAUAUUUCAGAAUUGUUUUCCCUUUUAUAGGCAUAAUUUAAAUUCUGUAAAUUUGCAGUGUAAUUCUCAACGUUCCCAUGGAAUGUUUACAGUCAUGUGACACUAAUAGUGCUGAGUUGACACAGUUUUGCUUCACCAGGCUCGGUUGCCAUGAUUACAUCGUUUCCAUUUUUUUUUAAAGAAGCAGUAAGGAACUUUGUGUGAGUGACAUUCAUUACAGGUCAAGUGUUAAAAUGUCUGUUUUUGUCAUGUUUUGUUAUUGUUACUGCUGCUGUUAUUUCCAAAUGACUGAUGCACUGAUUAUUAAACACCAUUGUAAUAAUA